GCACAAAGCCACCCGCCUCUUGACAUCAGGGCGCAGGGGAUUGUACCGUGGUAGACUUCCUUGUGUCUUAAGUGAAGGCGGGAUACACAAGUAUCUCGAGUGAUAAGCCGGCUGUCUCUUACCUUCCUUUGCAACUCAAUCUUCUACUCCUACUCCUCGAUUACUCUCCUUGCAACUUUCUCCGAACAUGGAGGCCGUUCCCGAAACCGAGCGCGACCCUAACUUUGGCGAGGGCAAAGAGCUCCAGGAAGAGCGCACGGAAAACGGGCGCAUCAUCAAGGACUCCAAGAUCGAACUCCAAGACUCGGACGCUUGGGACAAGCUGGGCUACAGCUUUCCCACGUGGAGAAAAUGGCAGAUUCUAAUGGUCGUCUUCCUCAUCCAGAUCAGCAUCAACAUGAACGCGUCCAUGUACGCUAAUGGUGUCUCGGGUAUCAGCGAGAAGUAUGGCCUCAGCAAACAGGUGGCGCGCAUUCCGCAGUGCACCUUUCUGGUUGCGUAUGCCUUCGGUUGCGAGUUGUGGGCGCCGUGGAGUGAGGAGUAUGGACGGUGGCCGAUCCAGCAGCUCAGCUUGUUCUUGGUCAAUAUCUGGCAGAUUCCUUGCGCGCUGGCACCGAAUUUUGCAACAUACAUCGUUUGUAGGACUCUCGGCGGACUGUCUACAGCCGGCGGUUCGGUGACCCUCGGUGUUCUUGCAGAUAUGUGGGAACCGGAUGAGCAAGAGUACGCCGUUGCCUUCCUAGUCCUCUCUUCCGUCGGCGGAUCUGUCGUUGGCGCAAUCGGUGGUGGCUUUGUCGAAGAAUAUCUUUCACUACCUUGGAUAUUCUGGAUCCAGUUGAUUGUCGGCGGAUUUGUCCAGGCCAUCCAUUUCAUCUGCAAUCCGGAGACCCGAGCGACGGUCCUGCUGGAUCGCGAAGCAAAGAGGAGGCGCAAGACUGGAGAGGAUCCCAAUGUGUACGGUCCGAAUGAGAUUCGCGAGCAAAGGCUCACGUUCAAGGAGUUCCAUACUAUCGCCUUAAGGCCAUUCUACAUGUUCUUCACCGAACCCAUAGUCUUAUGGCUCUCCUUGCUUAGCGGCUUCAGCGAUGCGCUCAUUUUCACAUUCCUGCAGUCUUUCCAGCCGGUCUACGAACAAUGGGGCUUUGGAACUGUUGGGGUCUCCCUGGCCUUCGUACCGAUUCUAAUCGGCUACUUCCUUGCCUACUUCUCUUACCUUCCCUCCAUUCAUCACUUCCGAGGUCAACGACGCAGCGGGAAAGAGCUGAGCCCAGAAGUUCGACUAUGGUGGCUUUUGUUCCUAGCCCCACUCGAGACUAUUGGACUUUUUGGUUUUGCCUGGACAUCUCUCGGCCCCAGCCACGGCAUCCCAUGGAUAGCGCCUAUGAUAUUCUCGACUCUAAUCGCUAUCGCCAACUACGCGAUCUACCAAUCCUCAAUCGACUACCAAACCGCGGCCUACGGUCCGUACGCUGCAUCUGCAACCGGCGGCAACGACCUGGCCCGUGACUUCCUCGCCGGUAUCGCCGCCUUGUACUCCGCACCAAUGUACUCCAAUAUCCCUGGUCGCCCGCUCGAAUACGCUUCGACUAUCCUGGCUUGCUUGGCCAUCUUGGUUACGAUCCCGAUUUAUAUCGUGUACUGGAAGGGUCCGGAUAUUAGGGAGAAGAGCAAAUUCGCGCUGAGCUUGGAUAAGUCGAGGCAGACGAGCAAGGAGAAGAGGAGGAAGAGUAGUUUGGCGGCGCUGGAGGGCGAGGUGGCGAGAAAGGAAAGUGUGUGAUGCUUCGUAAGACUUGAAUUCAUGAAUUAGGGGCGACGAGGGGUAUGUAACAG